GUCAUCUCCUUCAUUCGUCAUACAAAUCUAUUAUAUUACAGCAAAGAACGGUGAUAGCAGAACUGUUGACGUGCGGGCCACUGAUAUUCGAGUAUAUUGGUAAUGAUGCUGGUAACGAUGCUGGCAAUGGUGAUGGUGACGGUGAUACUGGACCA